CAAAUUCUAGUCAAACGAUAUUCAGUAUGGCCGAGACCGGGGGCAUCUUAACGGGCUUCCUACCGGCAUUGACCGAGCAGAUCUCCGAAAGCGUCGUGGAAGUCACAGGGGAAGUGGAAAAUGCGCUUCAUAAGAGACUGGAAUCCACAGGUAGUAAGAAGAAGCAAGCAAAACAGCUGAAUGCCGUCGCAAAGGUGGGAAACGGGCUCAUUAGGAUCAUGGUGCUCUACAGCAUUCGUACUCAAAGAUAGUUUGUUGUUCUUCACCGCUGCAGGGCUCUGGGAAGUACAUGGCCAAAGUACAUCGCGCGUUCGAGAAGAAUUUCGACAAGUUCGAGCUCUACGUACGACGCAACAUCGUGGCGGUACCUGAUGCUCUGGUGGACGAGGUGGCUCAGAUCCGAGCAGAGAAGCAGGAGAAAGACGGGGAUCAAAGCAAUGCAGCAGCACAAGAAACAGAAGAUAUGGCGUUGCUGACAAGAGAAGAGAGGGAGGAGCGAACAUUGGACAAUCAGUUGGAAGCGCUGCGUCUAAAACUGAGGGAGUUGACAGCAUCAAACCAACGAUUAGAGAUGGAAAAGAAGGCGCUGGAUCAACGCACACAACAUUUCCAAGGUUUCGUAGCACAGGUAGCAUUCCUGGACGACGUACCAGAGCAAACAAUCUCUCCUUUGAAGCGCACAGCAGAGCACAUUUCGGCUCUCCACGACGCAUUUUUGAAGAUGGACAGCAUCCAGGCAGCACUAGAAGAAGAUACGCGGCAGUUCAAAAAGUCGAAAGUAGCUACUCGCGGCAGCUUCCGGAAUCUACACAAGCGGUUCACAGCAAGAACAGCCGAGAUGACGUACAGGACGACGGAAGAUCUGGAAGAGCUGCACUCCAAACUGCUGACCAUGUAACCCUCACGGCGGAAGGGAUCAAGUCUGUCCCUGUAUGCACAACAAGCGAUGUUGUUUAACUGAAUGAUGCGUCUCCUGCUUAUCCAUCUUGGUCUGUGUCUACAGGUUCAGGUACAUUCAUCAAUCCAUCCCUUCGUUCAUUUUUUUGUGGGGUUUUAUUGCAAUUUCUCUCCAGUGUAACAACCCGCAAGUCUCCAGUCCACUUUAGCAGUCGAAAAGAGCUGCGCCGUCUGUGCUGUUAAGAGGAAGGAACCUGCUCUGUUGUGUAUGGAGAAUCUACUCCUCGUCCUCGUCGUGCAGGUCGUCCAAGACGUCGCUCGUCUCCUCUUCGCUCUCCUCCUCCUCCUCGCCAAUCUCCACCGGCAUAGGCAUAGCGCCGAUCUCGGAGCGCUCGUACUUCAGCUUACCGUCUACCAGCACGUAGUUGCCUUGGUUCGACGUCUCGGCGUGCUCAUCGUGGUGGCUGUGGCCGUGGUCCCACGGGUGCUCGAAGCCCUACAAUGCAUUGAUAUUUUAAUUAGUUAAUACAUUGUGGUGAGAAACCAUGGGGUUUAUAACGUACCAG